CAUCAUCACCUUCAGCUAAGGCCUCUUCGGUCUGCGCCAACACAGUCGACACUCUCCAAUGGCCUCUUCUCCCGCGCUCCUCCACUCCGCAGCGUCGCCGUUUCACGGCCAAUUCCCUGCGGUUCCAACCGUACGGUUACCGGCCACAAACCCUAGACACCGAUUCGGUGGCGUUUCGGUGAAGGCCAUGUCUGGGAUAAUCCUGGUGGAGAAGACGGAGUCAGAGAAGCUCAAUCGUCUCAAGACGACCUACCUCCAAAAGAUCGUCCCUCUGCUCAAAGAAGAGUUUUCUUACACCAACAUUCACCAGGUUCCAAAAGUUGAGAAGAUUGUGGUAAACUGUGGAAUCGGAGAUGCUGCACAGAAUGCAAAGGGUUUGGAUGCAGCAAUGGGCGAUUUGGCAAAUAUCACAGGGCAAAGGCCAGUGAAGACACGGGCAAAGAAGGCCAUUGCCACCUUCAAGCUUAGAGAGGGUCAACCAAUUGGGCUUGCUGUCACUCUCAGAGGAAAUGUGAUGUACUCGUUUCUUGAUCGGCUCAUUAAUUUGGGGCUGCCUAGGACAAGGGACUUCCAAGGUGUCAACUCCAAUAGCUUUGAUGGGCAUGGUAACUUCAGCAUUGGGUUCAAGGAACAGGGUGUGUUCCCAGAGAUCAGGUAUGAUGCACUUGGUAAGCCAAGGGGAAUGGAUGUUUGCAUAACUACAACAGCUAAAACAGAUAAAGAAGGAUAUAGACUACUUGCUCUCAUGGGAAUGCCCUUCAGAGAGGGUGGUGGUCCCUCUACUGUGGUGCGCAAGAAGAAGCUGAAGUCUCAUCACUUUGAUUCGAAAUCAAAGACCAGGGCACGGAGAUAAGUGUUUUACUUUUUUAAGGGACGAAUAGUUUCUUGUACUUCGUUUCUUAUUGCAUUUUUUAAAAUAUUUAUUUCAAGUUAUGUUUAGAUUGGAAACGACUGUUCUGUGAUUAAUCAUUCAGUUGUUGCUAUCAGUUAAUGUUUUUUGGGAAUGUCUACAUGUGGUGUUUA